GUCCAGCACUAGGUGAAGGACAGCGCACCAGAGCCCACCUCGGAGCCCUUCCCGAGAGCACGGAGAUCGCUCCAUCACGUCGGCCCCGCGACUUCUCCCACCAAAUAGAGGCACCACCUGCGUCGUUACUUGGCUACCCAUUCUUAGCCCGACUGAAUCGAGUCGUCCUUUCCCUUCUCCCUCCCUCUCCCUUUCCCCCCGCACGACGCAUACAGCCAUGAACCCUCUAGCUCGUGUACGUCGUCAAGGAGGACCUAUUGUGGGCAGUUCCACCGCAGGGAACCCGGGUGGGCCACUUAGCACGACCCAGACCUCCACCGCGUCCUCGUCCAGCCCGUCCAACGCUGUCGUCACAUUCCAUUCCAUCUCCAAUAUGGAGACAUGCGACAGCAACGUUCAGAUACAGUGGAGCUACUCGGGAUCCAACACGCCGCUGAGCCUCUACGUAGCCAAAAGCGACAGCAGCAGCUCCCAACUUCUCACUGUUACAAGUCCACAGGUUGACUCCUGGUCGUGGCCUACCGUCGACGUCGCGGCAGGUCAGUAUCGAUUUCUGGGGGACAUGUUGUCGGGAAAUGUGUCUUCUCAAGUUUUCACGGUGUCCCAGGGGACGAACACAUCCUGUCUCUCGACAUCACCCUCCGGAACAAUCUCGUCCACCAGCCCUUCAUCCACGCCUCCCACGGGCAGCCCAUCACCGACAAAUUCCCUCACCCCCAACCCUGUUAGUGAGGCAUCAUCAGGCAAAAAGCAUGCCGGAGCAAUCGCUGGGGGCGUCAUUGGUGGCUUGGCUGCUCUCACGGCUCUCAUCGCCGUGCUCUGGGUAUGCCUCAGACGGCGACCUAGCGUUCGUUUUGCGGGUCCUGGCGUCGGGCGGUGGGGCUCUCUCACGUCGAACACUUCGUCUAAACCGGGCGGUGUGGGUGGCGGCCUUGCGUCAUCUCACUACCGUGGGCACGCAGACUCUGCCUCGGGCAAUAUCCUUGAUGUAUCACAUCAAAGCAACAAGCCCUCGGCCAUCUCGACACCCGCAGGAUCUGACGUCGACGUUACUGCCCCGCCGAAUAUUGCAAUUAGCAUCCCCGCGGACGUAAUCAUAGCGUCGGGCCCUGGGCGGCGCAGUAGCAUCGACAAGGGCGGUACCCGGCGCAGCAGCAUCGACAAGCACUCGAGCAUGGUCGGGUUUGACGGCAUUGACGACCCGGUCCCGCAGUACAAGAAGCACCGCGGCUCUGCCUACUCCUUCUCCAUCGCCAGCCCGCAGGAGAGCGCGGACCUGAACCACCAGCCGUUCGCGCACCAUGGCAGCAGCCGGCGGGGCUCGAACGCGCAGCUCGAGUCACAGGCACAGCGUCUCCGCGCCUCUGUGGACGGCGCCGCACAGUUCCGGUUCGAGCGGCGCACGAGUCUUCCGCCGUACGCCCCGCACGCUCCCGCAGCAUCUACAAUGCCCGCGCCCACGCCCUCGCACACCCUUCCUCCCUCUGCCCACCCGUCGUACCCCGCCAGCCCAACGAGUCCCAUGAGCCCCUCCAGCCCGAUGCCCUUCGGCACGCUCAUGAGCAAGAGCGGCGGCCACCCGCACCGCUCGAGCACGAAGCGCAAGCCCGUGCCCGCGUACGACGCGUCCGAGUUCGACAACCAGUCGACGGUGACGGGUGCCACGGGGAGCAGCAGCAGCAACAUCGGCCACGCCGAGCACGGGCUGAGCCACAAGUCGAGUUUCGGGAGCGGGCCCGUGCACUACCUCAUCCCCGACAUGCCGCCUCCGCCGCCUCGGGAUUAGCGGGGUAGGCUAAAAGGCGGGCUGGUGGUAUAGAGGUGGUGGCAGAUAUGGCCAUAUUUAAGACUUUCGUUCGAACCUUUGGAUGUUCACUUUUACUCGGGAGGACUGGGCUGUUCGUUUUGUGGCAUAAUGCACUUUUAUUUCUCUAAUUCCUGGGACACGACCACUUUAUAUUCACUCGCCCACGGUUUCGCCCUUCGUACCUAUCGCAAAGACAGCUUGAUUGCUCGUACCUUGCAUCGGCAACCCCCCUUUUCCUUUUUUUUUUGCUUUCAUGUCUUCGCAAUUCUCCAUGCUUCAUUCGCUCGGCCAUCCGACAUUCCCCCGGUGCUUCUUACCAUGCUAUCGCUUGCUCAACGUUCAUCUCCACCAUCGGCCCCAGCC